UCUUGCUUGUCCCGGGGCGCUCUCCUGCAUCGUCUAUCUCUAUCGCAUGGCGCCUUUAAAUACCCCGCCGCGAGCCGAGGCCCAGCUAGCCUGCCAGCCAGCCAGCCCCGCCCCCCUCCUCUCCUAGGCCUCUCUUCCCUCCCCUGCCGUCGCCUCGAUCGAUCACGCCGCCGCGCCGCCGGAAAGGGAAAGGAGUCGAUGGGGAGAGCGCCGUGCUGCGACAAGGAGGGGCUGCGGAGGGGCGCGUGGAGCCCCGACGAGGACCAGCUUCUCGCCGACUACAUCGCGCAGCACGGCCACCCCAACUGGCGCGCCCUCCCCAAGCACGCCGGGCUGCUGCGGUGCGGGAAGAGCUGCCGGCUGCGUUGGAUCAACUACCUCCGUCCCGACAUCAAGCGGGGAAACUUCACCGCCGACGAGGAGGACCAGAUCAUCCGCCUCCACCACUCCCUCGGCAACAGGUGGUCCGCAAUCGCAGCGCAGCUGCCGGGACGCACUGACAACGAGAUCAAGAACGUCUGGCACACCCAUCUCAAGAAGAGGCUGCUGGAGGACAACCAGAAGACCACUCCCGGCGAUGGCGGCCGCCGCCAGAAGAAGCGCAAGCAGAAGGCCAAGGCUACUAAAAGCGCUCCCGUCAGUGUCAAGCAUGAGCAGCUCUCGCCGGGGCGGUCGAGCAGCAGCGUGACAUAUAACUCAACAGUGACUGAGACUGCGGCGCCCGUCUCGUCCUCGCCGGCCAUCACCAGCGCGAGCCACCAGCUUGUCAAGGAGGAGAGCUUCAGCUCGGCCGUGGUCACCGACGACAGCUUCUGGUUCUCGACGGAUGUAACGGGGAUGAUGAACCUUGGCAGUAUGGAAGAGGAGCUGAGCCUGGCGCCUACGAGGAACGAGGACAUGGAUUUCUGGCUCAAGAUGUUCGAGUCCGGAGACAUGAGGGACUUGGCCGUCUCUUAAUUAAUGAUCGAAAAAUCAUGUUUGUUAGUUGGGAUACCCGGAAGACUAGAGUUUUCUCUCUUUGUUUUACCUGUAUGUUUUCCCCAUCUUCCGGUGACAAAAUGUUUGGAAUUUGAGGUGAAUUCACCUUGUUUAGGAGAGAAAAACUGAAUACCCGUAGCUACAGUUCUUUUGUUCUUGUU